AUGAGUUAUGAAGAUUUGUUCAAAACAACUGAUGAACGACUAGAUUUUAGUGAGUUUUUGUUUUGUUUUUCUAAUUUUGAUCUACGCGCGGAAAUUCGAAUUUUCGAUGUUUUCAAAAAUCGAUUCUAAAAUUUUUUAUUCAAGAAAAAUGCGUGUUACAGGAAGGAAUUUCAGUUUUUAAGACGAUUUUCUGAUAAAAAUUGACCUUGAAGUUUUUCCUGAAAUUUUACAACUUUCGAAGAUUUUCGAAAAACAUUCAAUUUCUUACUGUAACACGUGAAAAUCAAUUUUUAUCCAUAUAGUUACUAUAUUUUCCUUUUCAGGCGAUUGGGGCUUGGAUUCACCACCAUCGAAAAGAAUGUGUAAAGAGGAAGAAAAAGAUCCAAGUAUUAAAGGUGAGUAUUUUUAUGUAUUUCAUUUUCGGCUGAAAAUUCCAGAAUUUUCCUAUUUAUCAGCUGUGAAACAAAAAAAAAUCCAGGAUUCAAAAGUAUCCAAAUAUAUUGAAAUUUGGCUCAAAAUGCUCCAAAUUACCCCAAAAUUAAAUUUAGGUCAAAAUUAUCCAUUUUUCAUUAGGUACUUCUAGGCGUUCUGAGAAUUCUGCAAGUAUCUUUUGAUUUGAAUUCUAAGCUUCCAAAAACCAAAAAACCUUCAUUUCUUGGGUUAGAAAUUGAUUGUAAGCUAUUUUUCAAAUCCAAAUGUUCAAAAUUUUUCAGAUGAACAAGAAGAAAUGGAUACAACAGAGAAAAGGAGAUCACCUGUUUUGAGUAUGCCAAAGAAAAAACAUAAAGUAACCAGAGGAGAUGAAUUGAGUGAGUUUUAAUUUUUUUUUCUCAAACCCUUUUACUUUAUCUUUAUAUAUUUUUCCAGUCGAAGAUCCUGAGCUUCGUGCGGCAGCGACUGAAAUUUUGGACCAAUUCAAAAACUCGCCAGGAUUCAUCACUUUGAAUUUUUCGAGCCCUGAAACAACUGCUUUGGUUCCUUUACCCAGUGAAUUUAUCAAUGAAGAUCCGCAUACAAACUGGAAACCUUCUCAAAUUGAAGAAGGAGAUAUGAAGAAAAUGCUAGAAACAACUGAAAUUGUGAAGGGUAGUUUGGCUAAAAUUCCCAAAAUUUGCGGCAGAGUUCAUCAGACAAAGGUAUUUUUUGGGGGGAAAUUGAUAUGUUUUUUGAAAUUAAAAUUUUUAGAUUCAACCUCGAAAUGAUACACUUAGUUCGGUUCUGAAAACACUUAAUCAACCUGAUCGACAAUCUGAUGAAUAUAUUGGAUUCGCUUCAUCGAUUGCUAAUAUUUUAAGAAGAUGUGAUGAUGAACUUGGGUUUGUUUUAUUUUUUGAAAUUUCUAGAAUUUAAAAACUAUUUUUUUUUUGGAAAAAGUAUAGGAACUGUUUCAACUUUUUGUCAAUAAAAUGUAUGUUUUCAAGUAAUUUCGACCCGCUAAUCACGAUUCCUUCGUCUAAAAUACUUUUUUUCCCCAAAAAUGUUUAUUAGUCCCUCGUUCCCCUUCAAUUAUCUCCAAUUUAUUUUUUGCAGAGAAGAAGUGGCAAAAUCAAUUAUUGAAAUAAUCGAAACUCAAGCAUUACCACAAAUUCCAAAAGCUACAAGUUUGUGA